AUGGCGCACUACUAUGCGCCACUGGUGGCAACGGUGGCCAUCGAUAAAUUUCGCUUCGGCUCCCUCAAGCUGCUCCAUUUCCCGUUCCAGUGGGGCGUGUGGGUCACACUGCUGGCGGCAUUGCUCGUCCAUGGCGUUGUAUACGUGUGGCGUUGGCGGGUCAAUGGGCUGCAGGUGCUGGAGCUGUUGCUGGGUGUCACAGUGGUGCGUCUGCCUCGCACCUGGAUGCAGCGCAUCAUCUAUGCCCACUGGAUGUACGGCAGCAUCCCAUUGCGUGUCGUCUAUCAGUCGCUGUUGUUCCACUUCAUACGGCUGCAGUUGUUCGAAUCGCUGCCCAACUCCUUUGAGCAGCUGCUGGAUCAGCAUUUUCGCGGCCUGUGCACGUCCAGCAUGCUGGGUAUGCUGCGCGAGGUGCCGCAUUUGGAGCGCAUCUAUGAGAGCUUUGAGAGCAUCAGCUCACCGUACGAUGAGGCUGUGCUGGAUGCCCUGCAUCAAAGGGGCGACACUCGAUUAUUUGCCAUUACCGGCCUGGACACGACCAACGCAUAUUUGUGGGCCACGAAUCGCCAGAGUGAAUAUCACAUAUUGACGCAGUACAGCCACAGGAGUCACACAACCAGUAAUCGUGGGCAGGAUCAACAGCAGGUUCACCAACUGGACGGCAUCUACAUCGUGAUGGGCGCUCUUUAUGCUCUCUCCAUGUUGAUUUUUGGCGCCGAGUUGCUCUGCCAUCAACUGACCAUUGUUUGA